UGCCUUUACAUCAGCGCGCGCGGCUCUCGUGACUGAGUAUAAAUAUCAGCUGCAUGAGCUCGAGAACUCAAUGCAGAGGUGUGUUUGAUGCUCCCAACAUGAGCGGACGAGUAGGAGACCUUAGUCCCAAACAAACUGGGGCUUUAGCACAGUUUCGGGAGAAAAUAGCAGAUGUGUUGGAUCAACUGCCCAAUCAGACUGACCAUUAUCUGCUCCGGUGGCUCAGGGCUAGAAGCUUCAAUGUCCCAAAAUCUGAGGCAAUGAUUAGAAAGCAUCUGGAGUUUCGCAGGCAUAUGAAAGUAGACACCAUCGUUGACGACUGGAAGCCACCUGAGGUCAUUGAGCGCUAUGUGGCAGGGGGAUUGUGUGGCUAUGAUCGUGAAGGAAGUCCUGUCUGGUACGAUAUCAUCGGCCCUCUUGAUCCAAAGGGCCUUUUACUGUCAGCUAGCAAACAAGACUGCCUCAGGACCAAAGUCAGAGACGCUGAACUUCUACGACAAGAGUGUGAGAAGCAGUCUAAAAAGCUUGGCAAAUAUAUUGAAUCAAUCACCAUCAUUUAUGACUGUGAGGGGCUUGGCAUGAAACAUCUUUGGAAGCCUGCCGUUGAGGUUUAUGGUGAGAUUCUGACUAUGUUUGAAGAGAACUAUCCAGAGAGCCUUAAAAAGGUGCUUUUAAUCAAAGCCCCUAAACUCUUUCCUAUUGCAUAUAACUUGGUCAAACACUUCUUGCGUGAGGAAACAAGGCAGAAGAUUGCUGUGCUGGGUUCCAACUGGAAAGAGGUGUUGAGGAACUAUGUUGAUGCAGAUCAGUUACCUGCGGUUUAUGGGGGAUCCAUGACUGAUCCUGAUGGAGACCCUCUCUGUAAAACCAUGUUACGUUAUGGUGGUGUAGUGCCGAAGUCGUACUAUGUGCGCGACUCAAUCAAAAUGAAGUAUGACCAGUGCAUCACUAUUAGCCGUGGCUCAUCAUACCAGCUAGAUUAUGAGGUGCUCUUUCCCAACUGCGUACUACGAUGGCAGUUUGCGAGCGAGGGGUCUGAUAUCGGUUUUGGACUUUUCCUGAAGACGAAAGGGAAUGAGACAAAAAAAGUAGAAGCCAUGCAGGCAAUACUGCCGAGCGAACGUUACAAUUCCCACCUAGUUCCAGAAGAUGGGUCCUACACCUGUGAGGAGCCAGGCAUCUAUGUGGUCCGGUUUGACAACACUUACAGUGUGCUACAUUCAAAGAAGGUCAGCUUCACUGUGGAUGUGCUUCUACCUGAAGGACAUACAGGAAAACAGGCAUAAAACUCGACUGGAAUCAGACUUUAAAUCAUAUCUCCAUUAGCAUUAGAUAAGAUUAGGCCUACCCAUGUCCUUACAUCAUGGACUUUGAGCACACUAUGUUUAAACAUGGGAAAAUGAAAACUACUAGAUAAGUGUUUUUUAAUUUCAAAGUGUUUAUAUAAUUAUUCUCUCUGUAAGCAAAUUACUAUAGAUAAUUAUGAAAAGUGAUUGUACGCAAGCAGUUCCUAAAGGAUGUUGUCUGAACCGUUUCCAGUAUUUGAAUUACAAUUGUGUAUGACAAAAGGAAGCAGUGUGGACUGAUGAGGACUGUAAAGUAUAAAAUAUUUGAUCAGUAGAUGUGAAAUAAUUGUGAAUAGACUACUGAGAAUAUCUCUCAAUAUAUAAGACACUGAAUCACAGCACUUAUAAUACAGCGGCUUACUCAUGUCAAUGCAUGUAAUGGGUAAAUCUUUCAGUAAUAGCAAUAUUAUAUUAAUCCUUGUAAUGUUUAGUUGUAGAAAACCACUUCUAUAAUUUCAGAAUGUUUUAAAUGUGCACAUAAUUACGCAAUAAUCUGAGAAUAAAAUGCAUUUAAGAAAUAAAACACAGACUGUUGAUGA